AUGGUUCUGGCAGCGCCUCCCUGGCUGGAGGCAGCUUACCCGGGCAGAUCUUGGCGGUCUCUCCGUCGCUGCUCCCUUCGCGUCGGCGCAUGCGGCGCCGGGCUACACCUCGAGGCCACGGAGCUGGGCUAUCUCGUGGAGGCCCUGGAUGGCGAGCCCCCCCAGGAUGAGUUCCUGAAGGCUGGAGCCAUCAUCAUCUCCAUCGCGGGCGCGCAGCUGCUUGGCCUCUCUGAUGAUGCUUUGGAAGAUGCCUUUGGCUCCAACUUUGAGGAUGGAGCGGAGCUCCUCCUCGUAAAUUCCGAGGAGUUGCGGCGAGCAACCGUGGAGAGGGACUCUCAAGGUGAGUGCCCUUGCAACGAAGCAGACGAAGACGUGGAGGAUGUCCCGCCACACAUGCAGGACUUGGCCCCAGACAUGCGGGCCUCGCUGGAUGACGAUCUGCAAACCUUCGCAGCGCAUCACGAGUUGCGAGUGGAGCUGCACUGCCCAGAAGCCACUACAGCCUCUGCAAGGCUGACGCUUUGUGGUGUCCCAGAGGAUGUGACCGCUGCCAGAGCGGAGGCGGAAGAGCUCAUGAGGUUCUAUGGCUUGCUUCCGCUGCCUUCGGAGGAGGUGAGCACCGUGGAGGUGGAGGGCCUGGUGAUGAAGUCGCUGCCCGCUAGGCACCGGCGUCGACGCAAGGCGCCGGAGACGGCGUGCGACGAGGAAAAGGCGAGCAAGGCUGCGGUGCUGGAGCUCGCAGUCGAGGAGUUGUCGAAUUUUCAGGAUCCACAUCCCAGCGUGGCGGAUGCAGGCGUGGCCCUGGAAUUUGAAGAGGAGCGAAGGCAGUUCGAGUAUUUGGAUCACACGGCGGAUGUGAUUCUCCACUCUUGGGGUCAGACACUGGAGGAAGCCUUUGCGCAAUGCUGUGUUGCUUUCUUUGCAUAUCUGACAGAUCUCGACACCGUGAGUCUCUCGACAUCUGUGGAAGUCGAGGCGUCAGGGCACGACAUGACGGAUCUCCUGUACCACCUCUUGGACGAGUUCCUCUUCAGCUUCAGCACCGAGCUUGUGGUCUGCCGGCGAAUAGAGCUCCUGGAGCUUGACACGGCGAGCCUGCGAGCGAAGGCUAGAGGUCACGGGGAGAAGUUCAACCUCAAGAAGCAUCCACAGGGGACGGAGAUCAAGGCGAUAACCAUGCACCAGAUGAAGGUCUUGACGCCCACCGAGGUCAGCACCGAGGCAGGCACUCGGCCUCGCGUCGAUUGCCCGCUUGAUGGGGGUACGAUGAAGCCUGGCUUCCCCUACGAAUGCUACGUGCUGGUGGACAUCUAA